CAUCUAACACAUCAAUCAUUCGAAAAUCUCAUUUAACAUAAAAAAUUUUAAUGGCGUAAAACACCCCUUCGUUAUCAUUUUCAGUGAUCGCCCAUCUCCCAUCCAUCCAUCACUCAACGUGCGGUCCCAGGUGUGGUGACGAUAACAACGCGGAAGUGUGUUGUCAACAGCGCAGGGAGCCGCUGGAGUGAACUGUCCUCAGUCAGGCACGAUGUCCAACAACGACGAUAUCCGAUACUGUCAGCGAUUCUCCUACAUUUUCCUCAAAUUAAUCCUGUUCAGUUAUGCCAUCAUCUGGUGGUUGAUAGGCGGCUUUAUCCUGGCCAUUGGUAUCUAUGCUGAGGUGGAGAGACAACGCUUCAAGACACUGGAGGGAGUGUUUUUGGCCCCAGCUAUAAUCCUGAUCGUUCUGGGAAUCCUUAUGUUUAUUGUUUCGCUCAUUGGAGUCUUGGGAUCACUGAGGGAUAAUCUAACCCUACUGAAAGUGUUCAUGUACACCCUGUCUCUGUGUCUGAUCCUGGAGCUGCUGGGAGGAAUAAUGGCGCUAAUGUUUCGCAACCAGACAUUGGAUUUACUGAACAAGAACAUCCGAAAAGGCAUAGUGAACUACUAUGAUGACCUGGACUUCAAAAACAUCAUGGACUUUGUACAGAAGAAGUUUAAGUGUUGUGGAGGUCAAGAGUAUUCAGACUGGUCGGUCAACAUGUACCACAACUGCUCUGCCCCUGGUCCAUUGGCCUGUGGUGUCCCUUAUACCUGCUGCAUUACUACUAAGCCUAAUGAAGUGGCCAACACUAUGUGUGGGUACAAGGUGUUGGAAAAAACGCGUUUGGACUUGAUUGAAGCGAUCCAUAUCAGAGGCUGCACUGAUGCUUUCUUCAUCUGGCUGAUGGACAACUAUAAGAUUAUGGCUGGACUGCUAUUAGGGAUCCUUCUGCCUCAGUUCUUUGGUGUGAUAGUCAGCUGGCUAUACAUCACUCGUGUUGAAGAUGCCAUCAGUGAGUACGGUAACUACAUGGACCUACUGGACUCAAGCGCAGAUGAAAGAGAAACCAAGAAGCAGGGCCGCAUGGGCAAAUGGUUUAGGUGUAUGCCAGAGAUCGACUGAAAAACAAAAAGCAGCAAAAGGACUGCAGCCACCGUGGGAGCCUUUGAACUGCAGGUUUACUACAUGCUCACUCUGCUGUGGAGAAAAAAAUGUGUUGAUGUUUUUUCAUGUUUGUUUUUGGGAAGAAGGCAUUAUUCAGCAACCAGAUUAUUGAGAGUUUGAUAUUCAAGUGUCAGUUCCUUUUUCAGUUUAACUGUAAACUUACUGCAUGUAUAUAACACAAAAAAUGUUUGCAGGGCUCACUGUGGUGUUAACUAUUAAUUACCGCGUUAACAUACAGUUACUAAUGCAUGAGUGGGAAAAAAGAGCUCAUUUAGAUAUAGCUGGUGCUUUUAGCUGCAUUGUGCCCAAAAGAGUCUCAGGGAUAAACUCAAAAACCAAUUGAACCACUUUUGCUUCUGAUUUUAUAAUAUGACAUUUAUUUCAUAAUACACAACCACAAUUUACAGCACUGACCUUUUUCUUACUUUUUAUACCUGUGUUUGUGCUACAAAUUAAAGCAUUGCUCGGCUCUUUUAUACAACCACUGGUGAAGCAGGUCCUUUCAUCCAACCACUACCAUUUCCAAUAUCUCCAAUGCAAGCUAUUGUAGGCUAAGACACCAUUUCUGUCAUCUGAAAGCAGGACGUGUUCGCCUUAUUUGUAUAAAGACUUGAGGUUUGAGACUGUAGAAUAAGUCUUUAUACAGUACCCUGCACAUCUACUUAUGACCACAAGUGCUCACUGAACUUGUAUGAUGUGUCCAGCACAACAAGGGAUGUUUGUAUUGCUCACAUUUUCUUCAUCAAAGCCUUAACUUUGACUCUUCAAAAAACAUGUCCUGGUCAUCUUCAGUCAACUUACUGGUAUAAUGAGAAAAAAUAAAAGCUGACCUGACACA